AUGCUGGUUGUCCUAUGCACAGUGGCCUUGCUGGCCCUGAGCUCCACUCAGCGCUUCAGUGAAGGAUUGCCCCAAGGACCCCCUCCCAAGCAAGGUUUUGGUCCUCAUCAAGGCCCACCCCAGCAAGGUCAGCAACAGAACCGGCCCCCUCAGCCAGGAAACCAUCAAGGCCCAUCCCAACAGAGAGGCCCACAGCAGAACCAAGGCCCUCAGCCUGGAAACCAGCAAGGCCCACCCCAACAGGGAGGCCCACAGCAGAACCAAGGCCCUCAGCCUGGAAACCAGCAAGGCCCACCCCAACAGGGAGGCCCACAGCAGAACCGACCCCCUCAGUCUGGAAACCACCAACGACCACCCCACCAAGGAGGACCACAGCAGAACCAAGGCCCUCAGCCUGGAAACCAGCAAGGCCCACCCCAACAGGGAGGCCCACAGCAGAACCGACCCCCUCAGCCUGGAAACCAGCAAGGCCCACCCCAACAGGGAGGCCCACAGCAGAACCGACCCCCUCAGCCUGGAAACCAGCAAGGCCCACCCCAACAGGGAGGCCCACAGCAGAACCAAGGCCCUCAGCCUGGAAACCAGCAAGGUCCAGCCCAACAGGGAGGCAGACCUCAAGAACCUCCCCAGGGCCAGCAUCCUCAGUAA